AUGCCAGCCCACCACAGCCUCACGAUCCGAAUCCCCCUCCCCAGCAUCCUCCCCCCCGAAGCCGUAAUCGAAACCCUGCAAUCCCAGUCCCCCGUAAUCCGCCACCAACCCCUCGUAACCCGCUACGAAAAGGUCCCCGUCCCUCUCGCGAGCGUCGUCUCGGACGCCCACUUCCUCGAAGACGGCUCCCGCCUCGCCUGCUACAAGGUCUACGAAAAAGUCACGGUGGUCCCGGGCGUCAAAAAAGAAAUCAGUUUCCCCGCCGUGCUGCAGAACAUUCCCAACGGCCUGCGGUCCCGCGCCGAGGCCCCCGGCGGGGUGCGGGUCUGGUCCGAGUGGCUCGUCGUGCCGAGGCCGGAGGAGCGGUGGCCCGGAGAGCACGGCGGGAAACUGGAAGGGUAUGUGCAGGGAGACUACGAUCUCGUCGAGACGACGAGGGUUGAGACGAGUCGGAUGCUGAUGCCGCUCGUCAAGGGGCAGAUGGAGGGGGCGCAUCGUGAUAUGGUGCAGAAGGUGCUUGACGAGGUUGCGCAAAAGGUUGGGAGGGCCAAGAUGUAG